ACACCAGUGCAAAGUGAAAGAAACGAGAUCCAUGGACAAGGGAUCGAGCUCCCGGACCGCGUCCAUGGAGGUCGAGGGAACCGGGUUGCAGGUCGUGGAGGAAGGAGAGGAGGUGCAGGUGCCGGAUAAGGAGGAUGAGGCGCCGGCGAAGGAGCUCGACCUUCUCGGCGCGCUCGGCUCGGAGGUGCCGGCGCCGGAAAUGAAGGUCGUGGAGGCGCAGGCGGUGGCGCCGGGCAAGGGGAAGGAGAAGGCAGUGGUGGCGGAGGAGGAGAAAGCGCCCGCGACGGCGAUGGCGUCUACUGGCGGCGAGAAGAAGCGCUCGUUCAAGUGCAACUACUGUCAGCGGAAGUUCUACACCUCGCAGGCGCUGGGCGGCCACCAGAACGCGCACAAGCGCGAGCGCUCGCUCGCCAAGCGCGGCGCCGCCGCGGCGGGGCGCGGGCUGUACGGUGGCGCUGAUCCCUUCCUUCCGCCGCACCACCUCCGCUUCCCGCACGCCUGGCCAUACCCUUCCGGCGGCGGCAGGCUGUCGUCGUCGUUCGUCGGGCUCGGCCGGGGCUCCGCGGCUGCGGCGCCGUUCUACGGCGGCGUGCACCACGGGUGGGCCGCGCACGCCCAGCCGUCCAUGGCGGGGCUCGCCCGCCACGCCGGCGCCGAACGCCCCGUCUACGCUCCUCACGGGUACGGCUACAGCACCUCGUCCAGGGCCCCUUCCCCGGCCGUCCUCGACUCCGGAAUGGCCGGGCUCCGGUGGGCCGGCGUCGCCAACGGUGCCUCGGCCGGCGGCGACAACGGCGUCGCUCGUGAAGCGACGACGUCGCAGCAGGAGGAGGCGCAGAGUUGCAAGAUAGACCUGAACCUGAGGCUCUAGCUGCAUAGUUUUCAUUUUUCCAUUAGCUUGCUUCGUUGAUGAAGCUCAUGUUGACGAGGAGGGCGAAUGUUCUGUCGUGUAGCUGCUGCUGUUAGCGAUUCAUUUUCUUUCAGAUUAAGUCAGCAUGGUCAGCUGAUUAGGGUUUAAGCCAGGAU